GAGUUGAUUGAUGGAUUGCCGAGGUUUUGCCGGAUUGUUGGAGUCGGGUCGGAUUUAGUAGUGAUUGGCGGGUGUGAUCCGGAUACUUGGCGGGUUAUGGAUUGUGUUUUCAUUUACAAUUUCAUAUCCGGGUCAUGGCGUCGUGGGGCGGAUAUGCCAGGUCAGCAGAGGUCGUUCUUCGGAUGUGCAUCGGAUUCCGAUAGAAUGAUCGUCGUCGCCGGUGGCCACGACGACGAAAAGAAUGCGAUGAAAUCGGCGCUCUCAUACGACGUCGUUAAAGACGAGUGGAUUACACUUCCUGACAUGGUCAUGGAGAGAGACGAAUGUAAGGUUGUAUUUCACAAAGGUAAAUUCCACGUCAUCGGCGGUUAUCCUACGUGGGCGCAAGGUCACUUUGAGAAUGAUGCUGAGGUGUUCGACACCGCCACGUGGCAGUGGCAACUGGAAGAUGACUUCUUGAGUGUGAUCAACACUUCUCCUCAUAGUUGCAUUGAAGGUGAUGAU